UUGUCCCUGAAUCUACUUGUGUGCAGGAUAUUUACUAGAUAAAUGUGAUAGUUGUGACUAAAUAUCUCAAGACAUUAUUAGAACAAUGAUCAAACCUUCUUUGCUUUGUCUUCCAGAUGAAAACGAAUGCCUCAGCUCUCAUGUCUGCGGUGGGGCCUCUUGCCACAACACGUUGGGAAGUUACAAAUGCAUGUGCCCCACUGGAUAUAAUUUUGAACAGUUCAGUGGGCAAUGCCAGGAUGUGAACGAAUGUGGGUCCUCUCAGGCUCCAUGCAGCUACGGUUGCUCCAAUACAGAAGGUGGUUAUGUCUGCGGAUGCCCACCAGGGUACUUCCGAAUAGGACAAGGACACUGCGUGGCUGGAAUGGGGCUGGGGAAAGGUCAGAACCAUGAACUACCACUCAGCGGUGAAAUAGAUGAUAGCGCUCUUUCUCCGGAAGCCUGCUAC